AUGGAUCUCCAAAGCCUUUCUGCAGCAGAGCUCGUUCAAAAGUUUGACAAUGAUCGAACAAACCCCACCCUCGCUGAAGAAAUUCACCGUCGAACAAUCGACCCCUCUCUGAACGGGGAAUUAUUCCAAGAAAUCAAGAACCUUAAAGACUCUAUUGAAGGAGUUCCCAAGCCUCCCGGCGACGAGUUUGUAAGACCUCGACCUGGUCCUAAAACCUCAUGGGAGAAUUGCAUUGGCCAGCAGAAAUGCACCCCCAAAUUCUUGCGCCAUCCCAAAGGUCUAUCGGAUCUUAUCCAAGCUGUCAAGGAUGGUAGAGAGCAAAAGCUCAAUGUUAGAGCUGUCGGUUCGGGACAUUCGUUCUCGAAUAUUUGCCCUACUGAUGGGAUUCUUCUUGACCCUCAUGGCAUGAAUAAGUUCUUGAAGCUGAACUCUGAGACUUUGAAAGAACCUUCUAAAGGUUCGGAUCAUGUUCUGGUGGAGAGUGGAAUCACGAUCAAAGAUUUGAACUCGCAGCUCGAUAAGAUGAGCAAAGCUCUUGCGACGAUGGGCGCGUAUGACGGACAGACUCUUGUCGGAGCUAUUACAACUGGCACUCAUGGCAGUGGAAAAGAUUCUGGAAAUCUCGCCAGUCUCGUCCGAGCUAUCAUCCAUGUUUCUGAGACUGGAAAGGUUUAUCAGAUUGAACCCAAGGAUGGCAUCACAGAUCCCGCCAAGUUUGUCCCGGGCGAUGCUCAGGAACUUAAGCAGGAUGAUGAUUGGUUUCAGGCAGCUCUCAUCUCAAUGGGCUGUCUCGGCCUUGUCUACUCUUACAUCAUCGAAGUGGUGCCCACGUUCUUUCUUAGCGAAGUCCGCUCAUUGACGACUUGGCAAGACUACAAGUCCCAACUCGCAGGGGGUCUUGCAUCUGCCCCUCUUCAGAAUCACUACUUCGAGAUUGAUCUAAACCCCUAUGAGACACUCGGCCGCAACGUCGCCGUCACCACCAUCCGGACAUGCUCAAACGCUACAAAACGCGAAGGCAGUCGAGGCUUCGACAACUGGCUCGCCGGCCUUCUCGCACAGCACCACUGGGUCGAAGACAUCCUCGUCUGGAUCCUCAACCGGUGGCCGCUCCACAGCCCAGGCAUAAUCACCACAGCCAUGAAGAGCCUCCCCGUGAAGCACUACAUCGACAAGAGCUUCAAAGUCCUCAACAUCGGCGCCGUCGACGACGUAAAAGCCUACGCCAUGGAACUAUCCUUCGACGCCAACAAGGAUAUCGUCUCCAUUGUGGACCGCAUCCUCGCGCUGUUCCAGAAAGCAGCGUCUGAGAAGAAGUGGUUCUUGGCGGGGCCGUUUGCGUUGAGGUUUGUUAAAGAGUCUAGUGCGUUUUUGGCACCGCAGCAGGGGAGGACGACGAUGAUGGUUGAGAUGGAUAUGUUGUUUGGGGUCAAGACUGGGGAGGAGUUGUUGAAGUUUAUGAGGGCAGAGUUGUGUGAGGGGGAGGAGGGCGAGGGUGUCAGAGUUCAUUGGGGGUUGGAUUUGGAUACUGUGAAGAAGGGAGACUUGGAAAAGAUGUAUCCUGAGUCGGAGAGGUGGUUGGCUGUUUAUAGGGAGUUGAACUCGACCGGGAUUUGGAACAGUCCUUUCACGGAGCGUCUGGGGAUUUCUAUGCCCAUGUAA